GAUCUCUUAAAGGGGACCUAUUAUGCUCAUUUCCAGCCCUAUAUUUUUAUUGGAGAGUGGCUCCUUAAACCAAGACUCCACUAGAGCCUACCCCUGUUGUUCCCUCUGAGAGGAAGAGGAAGUGAUGUCACGCCACCACCACCGCUUUGAGAGGGACUACCGGGGACCCUGGGAGCGGAGAGACAUCCGUCCUUCUGGCCUCCACAAUGGAGGAGCCAAUCAUAGCUGUGCCUCUGCCGUUGUCAAUGGCAACAACCGUCCAGGACUCCUUCCCCUUCCAGUCAUCCCCUCUCUCCUACCCACCCCGGUUACAGUUGCUGUGACAACAUCCAGCAGCGACAUAGCGGUCAAGCGAGGCAUCACGGCACCAGGAUCGGUAGCUCCGGCAUCGGCCAAGGUCUCUGGUCUGUCACCUGGAGACAGCCAGACCCCAGGACUGCUGCUGGCUCCAGGGGUGAGGUGGGGACAGACGCCAAUCAACCAGCUCACACCAUGGGAUACAGAUGAGCCCCCUGCCAAGCAACAUCGAGACAGCGAGCCCACCGGUCCAGCCUGGGCUGCACCAGUGGCAGCAGUGAGCCAGCCCAGUCUCCUGCCCCACACCUACGCCCUCCCUCAACCCCCGUCCUUCAACCACAGCGUGACUGCACAGUCAUCCAUCAUAGGAGUAACCCCAUCCAUUCAGACACCAGUGCCCCCGCAGCAUCCGCUCAUGACUGCCCACUUCCAGCUGACACCACAGUCGACCCAGCAGCCACCCUCGAUGGUGCUAAGCAUCCCCAGCCAGCAUCCAUACCCCUCAGCUCAGCCCACUGUUGCUCCGUCCGCCCUCACUGCCCAAGCCAACCAGGUGGUUCAUCCAAGCCCUCACAGCGUAAUGGGCAACGGCCACUUAACCUCUCACCCUGGCCUCAUCCAGCCCCCCGCUCUGGCUCUGACCAACGGACAGGCAGCAGCAGCAGCGCAGGCCCAACCCACAGCUGCAGACAAUCAGGAUGCUCCUAAUGGGCUGCAAAUGCUGCGGACAGUCGGGAUGGGGAAGUACGAGUUCAGUGACCCGGGACAUCCGAAAGAGAUGUUGAAGGAGUUGAACCAACAGCGCAGAGCGAAAGAGUUUACAGACCUGAAAAUUAUUGUUGAAGGCAAAGAGUUUGAAGUCCACCAAAAUGUUCUAGCUUCCUGCAGCUUGUAUUUCAAGGACCUGGUGAAAAGGUCAUCGGGGGAGACAAGGAGCAGGGAGAUGCUGGAGCUGAACAUGAGCAACAUCAGCGCUGACGUGUUAGAGCUUCUGCUCGAGUUUGUCUACACAGGAUCGCUGCUCAUCGACUCAGCCAACGCCAAGACGCUGCUCGAGGCUGCCAACAAGUUCCAGUUCAACACCUUCUGUAAAGUCUGUGUCUCCUUCUUAGAGAAGCAACUGACUGCAGCUAACUGUCUGGGAGUGCUGGCUAUGGCUGAAGCCAUGAGUUGCACGGAGCUCCACAACAUGGCCAAAGCUUUUGCACUGCAGAACUUCCCUGAGGUGGCAGGGCAGGAGGAGAUUCUGAGUGUUUCCAAGGAGGACCUGGUGGCCUAUCUGUCCAACGACAGUCUAAACACAAAGGCUGAGGAGUUGGUCUAUGAGACGGUCAUCAAGUGGAUCAAACAAGAACCUAACUCCAGAGUGCAGCAUUUGUCAGAGCUGUUGGCAGUGGUGCGUCUUCCCUUCAUCCACCCGUCGUACUUACUGAACGUGGUGGACAACGAGGAGCUGAUCAAAUCGUCGGAGGCAUGUCGUGAUCUGGUCAACGAAGCCAAGCGUUACCACAUGCUGCCCCACGCACGGCAAGAGAUGCAGACGCCAAGGACCCGGCCAAGACUUUCUGCUGGUGUGGCCGAGGUGAUAGUUUUGGUGGGAGGGCGUCAGGCGAUCGGGAUGAACCAGCGCUCCCUGACAGCAGUCACCUGUUUUAACCCCCAGAACAGUAAGUGGUAUCCGCUGGCCAGCCUGCCCUUUUACGACCGGGAGUUCUUCAGUGUCAUCUCAGCAGGAGACAACAUCUACCUGUCAGGUGGCACAGAAUCGGGUGUGAUGGUGGCUGAUGUAUGGUGCUACAUGUCCCUAUUGGACAACUGGAAUCUGGUGUCCAGGAUGACUGCGGCUCGCUGCAGACACAACAGCCUGGUGUAUGACGGCAAACUCUACACUAUUGGAGGACUGGGUGUAUCAGGAAAUCUGGACCAUGUGGAGAGGUAUGACACCAUCACCAACCAAUGGGAAACAGUGUCUCCUCUACCCAAGCCAGUCCAUUCUGCAGCAGCCACAGUGUGUGGAGGGAAGGUCUACGUGUUCGGAGGUGUGAAUGAGGCCGGGCGCUCAGCUGGUGUCCUCCAGUCCUUUGUACCACAGAGCAAUACCUGGAGUUUCAUUGAAUCGCCCAUGAUAGAUAACAAAUACGCCCCUGCAGUCAGUCUAAACGGCUUUAUAUUCAUUCUGGGAGGAGCCUAUGCUCGAGCCACCACUAUUUAUGACCCAGACAAAGGCAACAUCAAGGCUGGUCCCAACAUGAAUCACUCUCGGCAGUUCUGCAGUGCUGUGAUCCUGGACGGGAAGAUCUAUGCCACAGGAGGUAUCGUGAGCAGCGAGGGUCCGGCCCUCGGAAACAUGGAAACCUUUGACCCUUGCACCAACACUUGGGCGCUCCUGCAGUCACUACCCUGCCCACUCUUCAGGCACGGUUGUGUGGUCAUCAAAAAGUACAUCCAGAGCGGCUGAGGGCAGCUCGUACCCGAUCACACUGGGUCGACGCCAAACACCAGUUGAGCUCCGGUUGUGGGAUGAUGCACGAUGGCAGCUUAGGGGCGGGCCGGUCGGUUGGUCAAAGACCUCUGGACUUGAUGCCAGCAUCCAUUCACCCUGUUACCCGUCCCACCCCCCAAAAUCCCUGUGCAGAAUGUACUCAUAUUCAACUACUCAGCCAUGUCAAAUGGCAAUGCCUAACCUCCAGUACUGUAUGUGUCAUGGUAGUAGUUCAUCCUCUCAUUCAAAAGGCACAGGGACCCUCUUAGUAAUUUACAAGCUUCUUGGUUUUUAAUGAAGUCAUUUUUUUUUCAGUUCUGUCUUUUCCAGAUCCUUCUAAACUCACCACCUCUCUGUUUCUUUAACACACCUUGACUCGGUGCAGUAAAAGCCAUUGCAGGUCCAGAUUCUUGUCCCUUUUUAGAGUAAAUUGUGUUUGACAAGUGCAGGCUUCAAGUCAUUCAUUAGAGAGCAGAGUUUCUUUGUAGUGUAUGAACAUUUUUCAGUAGUGACAUCUACAGGACAGGAGAAAAAGUGAAGGAAAGGAAUCCAACUGUUUUCCUCUAGAAGUGGAUUUUUUUUAAAACAGAUUUGAACUCCAUUUAACCUGGUUCUUUUAAUGACUUGCUCAACAUAGGAAAAAACCAUAAAAAUCUGGGUCAGGUAGGGUUUGGAAAGAGCAAAUCAUUAUUUUUUUCUUUGUUCUUUUGCAAUUCCAGCCUGAUUGAGAUAUCAUCUGGAGGGUGAGUGGUCUGAUUUCCCCUCGAUUUUAUACUCUCAUGAUCUCUGGGAAAAAAACGGUAGAUUUAGAGAGAGGAAAUUCCCCCCUUCCGCUGACGUCUCAUCAGAUGUUCAAGUUGGGGUAGUUCCUCUGGAUAAAAGCACAAUAACCACCUGUGACUGUUAUUGUAAAAGGUAUCUGUUGAUCCAUGUUUUUUUCUGUCUUUCAAUAGUUUUUCUUUCCAGCUUCUUUUUGUUUUGUAUAAUGUGUUUCUUUGCAACCCACAACAGAUGUUGGGUUGGUAUUCUGUAAAUACAGGAAGGAAAUAUGUAUAUUUUAAAAUCUGAAGGCAAUUCUGUAUAAAUGUUUUUAGAGAAAAGAACUGAUAGGUUGGAUUCAAAUGGUAUGUCUGUAAAUCUGUACCCAAAAAGAAGAAAUUAACAAUUGUUAUUGAAACCUAAUACAUAUACCAGAACAAUGAACAAUGUCAAGUCUGUUUUUGGGAUAAUGUAUAAUAUAGGGUAUAGUUUUUUGGAUUUUUUUUAAAAUUAAGUUUUCAAGGAAAUAGCUCUAAUUG